AUGGCGAUGAAAAGUGAUGGUAGGACACCACGGAUCUGUGGAAACUAUCGACUGACGUUGAAUCCCCGAUUGCGGAGAUAUGCAGCUACCACCAUGGAACCGGAGGAUUUCAUGAAGUCAUUGCAUGGAUGCCAGUAUUUUUCCAAGAUCGAUUUGGCGGAUGCAUACUUACAGAUUCCACUCAAUUUCGAAGCUCGCUACUUUACAACAAUCCACACGCCGUGGGAAAUGUACCAGUACAAUUUUCUCCCGUUCGGAUUUGCAAUCAAAGGACUCGACGGUGUCAUUGCAUAUCGAGAUGAUGUCCUUAUUUUCGACCUUAAUAAGAAAGAACACGAUGCCCGUCCUACGCAGCUACUGGAACGAUUCGCCGCCGGGAACGUGGCAAUCAAGUUGUCCAAAUGUGUGUUUGGUGUGAACUCUUGGGAAUGGUCGAUGGAGUGUAAAGAUAUCUUACGAGGUUUAAUUCGCUGCGUUACUGAUCGUCCUGUUUUGGCCCCGUUUUCACCAUCAAAACCUACUAUACUCAUCACCGAGGCAUCCGACGUCGGAAUCGGUGCUGAAUUAGAACAAGAAGGUUGCCCAGUGAUCUGCAUUUCACGUCUACUCAAUGCGGUUGAAAAGGGAUACUCGCAGACCCAAGAAGAAGCAUUGGCUGUAUUUUGGGCUUUUCGACGAUUGCACAAGUACUUUUUGAAUUGCGGUUUACCAUCAUCACUGAUCACCAAGCGCUACAGUUCUUGUUCAACCCCAACAAAUCCAUCGCGAAGUCCACUGCUGCUAUGCUACAUAGGUGGAACAUCGCCCUAG